AUGUUGGCUUCCACGAAGCUGACGCGCCGUCUUCUCCAUGGAGAGAUUACAUAUUCUGCAGCAAAAGAACUCGAAACAAAUGUCUUACACGCAUUGACAUAUCCGGACCAGCAGGAUAGAUAUUUGCAAGGCUUACUCCAAAAGAGCCAUAUCAUUGAAGCCGUGGUGGCACACCAUCUCAAUUUGGGUUCGACACGCUACCACGUUAGUGAUCCAAGGGAGUGGCUCUCUGGAACAUUUAAUGUUUGCAUCCCAAUCUAUGUUGAUAACAAACAGGAUCCCAGUUUUCUUCUCCGUCUCCCUCUACCACAUAGGGUGGGAGAAAACGUCAGCACGGGAAACGCUGAUGAGAAGAUCCGAUGCGAAGUUGGCACUUAUUCCUGGCUCCAGCACCACUGCCCAGAAGUCCUUAUCCCCCGCCUGCAUGGGUACGGGUUAUCAACAGGACAGAAGUUUACCUCUCUCAACAAUCUGCCUUUCGUCUCUCGUUUAUUCGAAUCCUUCCGUCGCUACGUUUUAAAGUUCCUUGGGUACCCAAUCCCGUCCGAGUAUGUCGUUCACAAGAGCACGUUGAGAGAGUCACUAGGAGUUGGAUAUCUCCUGAUCGAAUACAUUGAUACCUCUCGAGGCAAAAUGCUGUCUGAAUCGUGGGACCAAGGACGGCACAAUCCCCAAUUACGAGCGAACCUCUUCCGAAGCUUGUCUGAUAUCAUGCUGGCUGUUGCGCGUACUCCUCUACCGAAGAUUGGUUCUUUCAUUGUGGACGAGAAAGGGUUUUUAAAACUACGGAACCGUCCGCUUACCCUUGAGAUUCAGGGGCUUGAAAACGAGCAUAUUCCAGUGGAUAUCCCUCGUGGAUUUACCUAUUCUACCGUUGAUGCUUACACCAAUGACAUCCUUGCUUACCAUGAGAGCCGCCUCCAUCACCAAGCUAAUGCGGUCAAUGACGUCCAAGACUCUUUAUUCCAGAUGGCUGCUCUGACAGUGAUGAGAGCUGUUCGACACAUAUUCUUCCGCCCUGACCUUCGCCGCGGCCCUUUUUUCAUGAGCUUUACAGACCUACACCAAAGCAAUAUUUUUGUCGAUGAUAGGUGGAACAUAACGUGCCUAGUUGACCUCGAAUGGGCCUGCUCUCGUCCAGCAGAAAUGAUUCAUCCUCCGUAUUGGUUGACAAACCAACCCGUCGAUGGUAUUAGUCUUGGCGAAUACGAGGACCUCCACAAGGAAUUCAUGCGAGCUUUCACAGAACAGAUGCUAGAACACCCUCACCAGUCCAGCGGGCAACUCUACUCCAUACUCCAGGAAGGGUGGAACAAAGGCACGUUCUGGUACGCCCUUGCACUUGAUAGCCCGACUGGGCUCUUCCGAAUUUUUUACGACCACAUACAACCACGAUUCUCAAGGGAUCAUAUAAACGACGCAGCAUUUUUCCGGAUCACCAUGGAAUACUGGACUACCCAUGCCGCCAAAUUCAUCCAACAAAAAGUGAAAGACAAAGAAAAAUAUGAUCAUCAUCUUCUCAAAGCCUUUGAACAGUCUCCCGCGGACCAGCGUGUGUAUCAAUAA